AUGGAUCUGGAACCGGUGGACCCUUGCCUGCGGCUGGAGUGCGGGCCGUGGGCGCAGUGCCAGAUGGCGUCGGGGGUGGCGUCGUGCGUGUGCCUGCCCUGCCCGGCCCACCACGACUCGCGCGGCCCCGUCUGCGGCUCGGACGGCCGCGACUACGACUCCGAGUGCCAGCUGCGCGCCGCCGCCUGCCGACAGGGCCUCGACGACCUCUAUCUGCGACACCGGGGCACAUGUGAUGCUUGCAGAGGUGUGGUUUGCGAGGAACCCGCCGCUUUGUGCCACCACGGCGUAUGCGCUUGCAAGCCCAGUUGCCCUCACGACGGCCCUAAGCAGCACCUCUGUGGCAGCGACGGUCGCACAUACGACAGCGAGUGCGAGCUGCACCUGGCGUCCUGUCUUAGGCCACGAGGACAGCACCCCAUCACCGUGGCCUACCUGGGCGAUUGCAGAGACGUCAGCGCCGAGGAGGAUCGGCAGAUGGUUAAUGGUCACGCCUGCCAAACAUCGCCAUUCGGAUGCUGCCCGGACGGUGAGACGCCUGCAGACAAUGGCUGUCCACCACCAGGGGCAGAAGAUGACAGCGACAAGUGUGGCUGCAAACGAAUCGGGUCACUACCAGGAAGCUGCACUGGACAAGGCGGGUGCUUGUGCCGGCCAGGCGUCGGUGGCUCCCGCUGUGACCGUUGCCUGCCUGGCUACUGGGGCCUGGCCACCAUCUCACAGGACCAGCAGGGAUGCCUCCCGUGCGAUUGCUCGCCACUGGGGUCGGUGCGAGAAGACUGCGAACAGAUGACGGGGCGGUGUGCGUGCAGACCCGGCGUGCUGGGCCUCAAGUGCAGCACCUGCGCAGAUGCUGGCCGCGUGCUCACACUCGCCGGCUGCCUCACAGAGGCAGAAGUGGCUGUAACUUCAAGGCCGACAGAAUCAGUUUCGACGACGCAGUCAGUUGCACCCCUGCGGCAGCUGGCCAAGACAACGCAACAGCUGGUGAUUCCGGUCAGCCAACACCAGCUGCCCCGCCCAGAAGCUGAAAACAGGAUUACGUCGGCUUCGCUACAGCACGAUCUCUCAGGAGACGGAUGGGGAAGUAGAGAAUGUCUGGUUGCUGUCCUGAACCUCGAGGGAAAACAAUUGUCAAAUGCCACCCCAGACUGGUUGAUUGAUGCUGCUGAACACCACAUAGCAGGCAUCUGGCACUAG